AUGGGCGAAGCAGUCUUGGAGAGUCCUGGAACAGCAGAGCCGCCGGCAGAAGAGGAGGAAGCUGCGCAGAGCCCCCUUCAGAGAAGCAAGCUCAUCCGCAAGCGCCUGAACGAUGCCUGGUGCAAGGAAUGGACGGUGCUGGACAAGCAGAUGUACUCAGCAUCCAAGAAGUGCAAGCUCAACAACAUCGAAACAUGGCCCGUUGAUGCUGUUAGCAUCUUCCGAGAUGAAAAGCAUCACCUGCUGCUCGGGAGUGUCAAGGCGGCGUGCGAAAUCGAAGAAGUGAAUCGGUCGCUGGGCGUGAGAGUGACUGUGGUCGUCACGAUGUCCGACGAUGAGUGGAAGAGAUGGGGCGAGCGAAGUGACUACGAGGAGUAUUAUAAGUCACUGGGCGUGGUCAACCUUCGAUACGGUGGCUGGGACAAGAUUCUCCGUCCUGGCGAGGAGUAUGAUGCCAAGAAGGCCGAAUACAAGGAGCGAUGGCAGAAGGUUUGCCGAGACUUGGAUGCCGUCGAGGCACCUGGCCAAAAAACGAUUCUCUUCCACUGCUUUGCCGGCCUGAACCGGAGCACAAGUGCACUCUGUGCAUUUAUGAUCCUCCGUAAGGGCCUUUCGGCGGAAGAGGCGGUGGAGCGCAUGAUUCGUGUCCGAGCAGGCCAAUGGUACUGGAGGGACCGCCAAUACUUCAUCGAGGGCCUGGUCGAGACUUCAGAAGCACAGGGACUCUAA